AUGUCCGAAUUCAUCGGAUCGCGCAUCUCCCUCAUCUCCAAGAGCGACAUCAAAUACGUCGGAACACUACACGAGAUCAACUCGGAGAACUCGACAGUCGCUUUGGAAAAUGUCAAGUCUUUCGGUACCGAAGGCCGUCGCGGCAACCCAGACGACGAGAUCCCGCCCAAUGACCAGAUCUACGACUACAUUGUGUUCCGUGGCAGCGAUGUCAAGGACUUGACCAUUGUCGAGCCUCCCAAGGAGAACAAGCCUCCCCAGGCCCCUCAGAUGCCCAAUGAUCCCGCUAUCCUCGGUGUAAGUUGCUGUCCGUCGCAAAAGAUGCUUGAAACCGCCUUGAUGAAACAUUCCGGAUCUGACCUUGACUUGUUACAGGCCGCAAGACCUCCUCACGGCGCUCCCCAAGCCCCGCCAGCCGGCCCUCAAGGUGGUUUCCCUCAGCCCAACCAGCAGCAGCAACAACAGCAGCAGCAGUGGCGCGGUCCUCAAGGUCCCCAGGGCCCUCAUCAACCCCCACCUUUCCCUCCUUACGGAUACCCUCCUCCGCCUCAGGGCAACUCUCGCUUCGGUGGUCCCCCAGCUGGUCCUCACGGUUUCCCCAAUGGCCCUCCUCACUACUACGGUCCUCCUCCCCCGGGAUGGUUCCCUCCUCCAGGACAGGGCUUCCCUCCUCAGGGCCCACCUGGACAAUUCCCUCCUCAGCCGAUCGGUCCUCCUGGUCAGCAACAGCACCAGCAACAGCCUCAAUCUCAGCAGCAGAGAACCCCCGAAGCACAAACGCCCUCAGCUCCUUCUCACAAGCAGCCUGAACCCACCGAGGACAAAGCUAUCUUCCCUCCAGAGCAGAAGCCCGCACCUUCGGCAAACCAGACACCUGCUCUCGAAGCAGCCGCUCCUCCCCCGCCUGUCGAUUCGAAGCCCGAUGUAGCCGCCGCUACUGCCCCCGCUCAAUCGCAAACAAAGCCUUCUACCGGUCCUAAGAACACUCGUGUUGCCGUCCCUCUUGUUCCUCUGAACGCAAAGCCUGGUAAUGCAUCUUCCAACUUGUCUCAACAGCAACAGACUGCUACUCAAACCGCUGCCGCUGCUGUUGCAGCUGCUAUGGCUAAACUUCCUGUCUCCGCUACUGGUCCUGCUGAUGCUAGCGUCGACAACUUGGCUAAGCGUGUCGGAGAUAUGCGCACCGAUGACAGAAUAAGACAUUCGCGCCAGCCUGGAACUGGUGGCUUCGCUGCUGGACAUCGCGGAGGUCAACACGGAGGUCAACACGGAGGUCAACAUGGCGGCCAACAUGGCGGUCAGCAUGGCGGCGGCCGUGGUGGUAGACGCCCCAGUAACCGUGAUCUGGCUAAGCCUGUCGAGGUCCCAACAGCAGACUUCGACUUCGAGACCAGCAACGCAAAGUUCAACAAGCAAGAUUUGGUAAAGGAGGCCAUCGCUUCAGGAUCUCCUAUGGGUACACCCACCGCCGAUGAGCCCAGCCAGCCUCUGGAAGAGGUAUCCAACGGCUUUGAGGCUCCCCAGACUGAGCGCGAAGUUGUGAUUCCCGGCGCAACCUACAACAAGUCGAGUUCGUUCUUCGACAACAUCUCAUCCGAACUCAAGGACAGACAGGCAGCUCAGGAUGUUGGAAGACGCAUGGGCGGUAUGGAGUUCAGAACCGAGGAGCGCAAGAAGAACUUCGAGACUUUCGGACAAGCCAAUGUUGAUAAUGGAUAUCGUGGCGGUUUCCGUGGCCGCGGUCGUGGCAGAGGCUUCGGUCGCGGCGGUCAGCGCGGUGGCUUCGCUCCUAGAGGUGGAUAUGCCCCUAGAGGUCGCGGCGCAAGCUUUGCUGGCGAGUCUUAG